AUCUGGGAUGGCAUCCGUUUUAUAAAUAUAUUCUGGCACAUUUUCUUUCAGUUACUGGACACCCUCCCGGUGUGCCAAGAUUUUAAUCGACAAGUGUGCAACCGUCCCGCCUGCAAGUUUAUCCAUCUCAGUGACGGAAACGUGGAGGUGAUCGAGAAUCGCGUGACCGUGUGCAGGGACGCAGUGAAGGGCGCGUGCAUGCGGCCCCAGUGUAAAUAUUAUCACAUACCGGUCGCGUUGCCGCCAGCGCCUCUGAUGGCGAUCACAUCGCCUGCGACACCCUAGUUAUUCCUUCUCGUUUAGCGGAUCUGUAUGUAACUCACACGACACGACACGACGCGAGGCGAGCGGCGAGGGAGCCGGCGCAAGUCAAAGGGAAAUGAAGAAAGAAAAGAGAAGCGGAGCUCGAGGAAAGAAGAGAAGAGAAGAGAAGAGAAGAGAAGAGCACUUUCCGGAAGACACGGGGUUUUUUUGUUUCUUUUUCUGCCGGGUCGCGAAAUCGUCGAACAAGAAUCGACGAGAGAGAAACAAAGAAGAGAAACAAAACGAGACGUAUCAACGGGGAACGUGUGUUCCAAUGUUUUCUUCCUCGUCGUUCUCUUCGUCGUCGUCGAUGACAUCGAAAGCGAACCCCGAGACUCGAUUCUACUAUUUCAUCCUCCUCUGCGAAUCUCCUCCGAUGCGUAGGUUUUCGUCGAGCCCAAGAUAUAGAUCAGGAGAAAAAGGCUAGACCCGUAUAUAUAUAUAUAUCUCGAGCACGGAUCAAAGAGGGAAAGGAAACGACGGAGAAACGAAACGUCGUCGUUGAAGAACCAACUCGAACGAAUUCGUUUCUCUGCCUUGUGUCUUCCUCUUGUCUCCGUGCGAGCGCGGUCCCUCGAAGAUGAAAGGGAGGAGGACGUACGAAAUUAAAUUCGUUCGCAGAAACAAUAAUCCUCGGAGUCAAAGCAAGUCCUCGAAACGGGCUUCGUACGCGACGCAGCCGAUUGUCCUGCGAGAACGUGUUUCUCGAUGUCGGAGCGACCAAAAAAAAAAAAAAAAGAAAAAGAAAA